AUGCUAUAGAAGAAAACAGACUAAUUACCUUAGGAUUACCCAGAACUAAACAAGAAGUAUUAGAUUAUUUAGAAACCAGAAAGCCAAAUAUCGUACCAGCUUACCAAGAAAGUUCGGAAUUAAUGAUAGUCAACAAUCAAUUUAAUCAAAUCAACAGCCUAGUUUAUCCCAAUCAACCUUUUAAUUUCCAAGCUCUCAGGGCUGAAAUCAAAAGAUUAAAAGUCCAGGAUUUAACUAGACAAAUUCCCUUAAAGAAGCAAGAAUUAGAACAGUUAAUUAAUACUGCUAAGGAACAACUUGCUAGAGCUGAAAGAUAUAUCUGA